CAGGAGAUUAUUGAAGCAGCUUCUAAAAACACCACUCCACCCUGUGUCAAUGCUCCAAGCGAAAGCGAACAUCUCUGGGUGUGGAGGUCAGCCUGUUGCAUGCCAUGACUGCGUUCUGCCGGAUACUUCUCCUGUUAUCUGUGGCUGUGGCCCCUGCAGUCACACACAGGUCCCAGCGGACGAAGAGAGGCUUACUGGAGCUGGCGGGAGCCAUCAAAUGCAGCACGGGGAGAUCCGCUCUGGCUUACGUGAUGUAUGGAUGCUACUGUGGACUGGGGGGACAAGGCUGGCCCAGAGACAGGGCGGACUGGUGUUGCCACAGACAUGAUUGCUGUUAUGGAGAUGCAGAGCUUCUUGGGUGCCAAACCAAAACAGACCAGUAUCAGUGGACGUGUGAGGACAAGAAAGCGGAGUGUGAUGAUCUGGAGGACAAAUGUGAAAAGAUGCUGUGUAAGUGUGACAGAAACGCUGCCAAAUGUUUGAGAAAAGCACCAUUCAACCGAAAAUAUGCCUUAUGGCCAGAUUUCCUCUGUGGCCACAACCAUCCAAUGUGCACUAUUUACUGACACAAUAUACAGUAAGUGUUUGUCCUCUGCGCCUUUUGUAAUUAAAGCAUUUAACAUUAA